AAAAAUAGUAGAAAUUUUAGCAUAUUUUGUGGUAACACCAGUUUAUUUUCCUCUCGUUCUUUCUUCCGGUUGCGAACCCACGGCAAGAUGCGUUCCGUUACGCUCAAGGAUGUCGAACAAGACAAGGUCGUCAAGACCGUCGCUGCUCACUUGAAAAAGACCGGCAAGGUCAAGGUCCCUGAACACAUGGACCUGGUGAAGACUGCCCGCUUCAAGGAGCUGGCUCCCUACGACCCCGACUGGUUCUACGUGCGAUGCGCCGCCAUCCUGCGACACAUCUACAUCCGCUCCCCGGUCGGAGUCAAGACUGUCACCAAGAUCUUCGGUGGCCGCAAGCGCAACGGUGUCACUCCCUCUCACUUCUGCAGGUCGUCAGGCAGCGUGGCCCGCAAGGCUCUGCAGGCUCUGGAGGCCCUGAAGAUGGUAGAGAAGGUGCAGGACGGAGGCCGCAUCCUCACCGUGCAGGGCCGCCGUGACCUCGACAGAAUCGCCGCGCAGGUGCGCCUAAAGGCCAAGCAACAGGCCAAGCAGCAAGUGAUUGUUCUGUAAAUUAUGUCUAAGGAAUAAAAAAAAUUGCAUAAAA